CGCGUCUGUAGAGAGAGGUCGGACGCCAAACGGUCCGGGGACUGCAAAACGGAGCUAAUCUCAGUAGAUAUCAACAUUAUUCACUAUCAUGGUUCGAGCCAUUACUAGUCAAUCACCUAAGGAUAAAAGAAAGUCGUCUACACCACACAAACGCAGUAAACCUUCCUCCGAAGUAAUUUAUAGUAGUCCGAAAAGACCUGGAUCGAGAGCAUCCACUUCGACUCAGAGUGAUGCGCACACGAGAAGUAAGUGGUUUAUCUGUUAAAUUAAUAUUGUACUAAUAUAUUGAGUGAAUCAAGUGCGCUCUACAGAUAAAUGUAAUUAGUUCCUUGCCUUUGUAUGCUACUUUCAAAAGACCGACCUCCAGUUACUGUGAUAAAAAUCUCCUAAGUUAAUACAAUAAUUAAUAUAUUGUUUGAUAUGAAUAAAAAAGCUUAAGUUUUACUCUUUGGACCUGCGAUCGAUAAUUUUGAGCAAAACGAUUUGAGUUUGUUGCGUAUUUAAUAUUUUUAUCUGAAUUUUCUUUUUUAUGAUAAUGCAAGUUGAGCCUAAAUGUUCUUUAUCACGUCAAACGUUUACAAACUUGAGUCACCUAGUCUAUUGGUUUUGGCGGGAAGUCCCUUGUUUUCCUACAGGUACUUGUGUCAGAGCAGUAAUAUUUUUGCUUAUCAUUAUUGUUUCUGUUACUUAAACAUUUGAUUUUUUUUUCAUGAAUUUGAAAAAAACUUAUACAGUAUAAGUAAACCGCAGCUUAUGAUCUUACAACUUCAUGCCGAUAUAUAUAAACUUGUGUGUGCCCCCAAUUUUGGGGUUAUCAAGUACGGUAUUCAUAUAUUCAGGCUAUUGUUCUUGUCAUUGUGGAUUACCUUCCAAAGAAACCACGAGCGCACUUCGUUGGAGUUAGGUGUGAUAUCUGUCUUUUGUUUCAAAUUUUGUUAAUGCCCAUUGAUACUUGAUGAGUAUUAAAUUUCUCCAUUAAAUACUCGGACUUGUCUGUUAAAUUUGCGGCAUUUGUGGGAAUGCUUACAGGUCUUAGAAAGCGAGGCGGCAAGUCUGGUUGUGGUAACAUAUUUCGGUCAUGCACCCUAUUACAAAGUAAAUAAGCCUGAUGAAUUUGAAGUUGAUUAAAGCUUGAUUCUUGAUUCUUUCAAAGACUCAAAUCAGUGUUUUCAAUUUUACAGUUAAGGUGAUUCCCUUGUUUUGCCUGUGCAUCUCUUACUGUGCAUAACAAGAUGGCCGCCGUAAAACAGAGCAUGUGAAGUAACAUUAUUAAAAUGAAGUUGACUGAAGAGAAACGCUAUUGGAAUUUUUGCUUGCGGUUGUUUCUUGCCGAGGUGAGACUCAAUGUGUUGGGAAUGUGCAUAACGUAGGCAGUACGCGUGUUGCUGAGUUCGACUUCCUCACGAAGAAUCUCGAUAGUGGAUGUUUAACUUGUGCUUACUCAAUUUGAUUUUUAUUUAAACGCUUUCUUUAUCACAUUGCAUCCUAAAUGUGAUAUCUCGAUGUAAAUUCUGUAAAACAGAUUUUUUAAUACUUUCUUCCCCUUUUCAAAUACAUUCUAUUUUGAAACUUGUCCCAGUCCUCUCUCAAAACUCGGAGAAAAUGCAUUUGGUGCGCACUUUCUGCAGCUCUACCGCAAAAACGAGUACGGUGACCCCCAUUUUUUAUUUCAUGAUUUUAAUAAGGACAGUGCUUCCUUUCGAUGAGAAAAAAAUUGGCACAAAUCUAUGUUCAGUUUUUUGGCAAUUUUACUAAAUUGUACGGAUUGAGCUAUCACGGGUCGAAUAGCGCGUGUCCAAUUCAAUUCUACUUUGGAGCGUAAAAUAAAAACAGGAGCAUUAAAAGGCAUUUUUCUGGUAUGUAAGUGGAUAAACAAUACAAUAAAGUCAAAUUCUGUGCGAUACCACAUGCAUCAUCGAAAAAAUCUCUCGUUUUUGUCUAGUUUUGGGCUGCGCGCGGUUUUUGACAAAGGGUCCAAAAUAGCCGUAUUUCUCAGCAUUGUGACGUCAAAACGAGCACGGUGACCCCCACUUUUUAUUACUUUUUUAUCAUUAUCUUGACUUGUUACAUCAGUGUACCAAGUUUCAUCUACAAUCUAUGUUAGGUUCUUUUACUAGGGAAUCACCUUAAGUGGUUUACUUGUUUAAGUGGCUUGUGAGAUCAUCUCAGUUUCGUGUAAGCACAACCUGUGACAAUAGAAAGAUGCACAGGAAACAAUAACAGAUUCCCAUUUUUGGAUAUUUUAGGGUACUGAAAGAAUACCCACAAAAAUCCCAAAUUUGGAAGAGGGAGACAAGUCCCAACCAGGGAACUUGGUUGGGAAUUCCUGGGUUGGGACUUGUCUCACUUUGCCAAAUUUGGGAUUUUUGUGGGUAUAUUCUUUAAAUACCCUAAAAUAUCCAAUAUUGGGAAUCUGCUAUUUUUUCCUGUGAUGUAGGUUGAGUUUGAUCGUCCGGGUGAACAUAGUCCUGAAUAGGACUGUUGUUGUUGACAGUGACUGAUGUUUUGACAACCUGUGCGGUAGUCAUCUUCAGAGUCAAAGUGAGUUGUAUCACGUCAGUUGAUGGUAUUAUGCGCUGGUUAUUGAUCUGAUUGGUCAAUUAUGUCAUGAUGUUAUUGGCUAUGAAGACUCAGUAAUCAGUAAUAAUAUUGGUGCGUUUCAAUCCGUCUGUUGUCACAGUUAAACAGUCGUCUAUUGUUAGUUAAAUUGUCAGUUCUCCAGUUGUUCUCUUGUAGUUAGUUUUGCUUGAUCUCGUCAAUAAGUCUUUUGUACAGUGCUGGUAACUGUUGGCUAUGAUUCAGUGGCGUUUGUCCUAAGUUAGGAAACCAGCUUUCUAAAGUAAGACGUUGAUGGAGAGAUUCUUACUCGUUAGCUCAUUAAGUUUGUGACUUUUGCUUGCAAACACACUCUCUACUUUAUGAAUUGUUCCGUUUUCAGUAACCUUUUUGGCAAGGCUGCCACAUUUUGUAGCUUCUUGCACAUCAGCGCUGGUAAAAUUGACACAGAAAUCAAGUAAUUUGUCCGCAUGAAGAGCGAGUUCGCCGUCUUGUUUUACACCACUUACUUUGGACGAAGGAGCAGGUAAAACUGAGUCAGUCUGCGUGGCAAUAGUUUGCACAUGAAAGUGAAGAAUGAUCAUCGCAGUAAAUGUUCCAAUUUAAGCAAUUGGAAAGAAGAAGCCUGAAAAAAAAAAAAAAUCAGGGCUUCAACGGGAUUCGAACCCGUGACCUCCGCGUUGCCGGUGCGUUGCUCUACCAACUGAGCUAUGAAGCCACACAUUGGGAGCCAGGUCAAUUUAUUGAGUUCAUAUCUCCCGUGAGGAGUGAAAUGAUGUGAAGUAUAUGAAAUAAUUCAUUUUUGAACUGCGGUUGUAGAUGAAAGUGAAGAAUGAUCAUCGCAGUAAAUGUUCCAAUUUAAGCAAUUGGAAAGAAGAAGCCUGAAAAAAAUCAGAGUUUCAACGGGAUUCGAACCCGUGACCUCCGCUGCGGUGCGUUGCUCUACCAACUGAGCUAUGAAGCCACACAUUGGGAGCAAGGUCAAUUUAUUGAGUUCAUAUCUCCCGUGAGGAGUGAAAUGAUGUGAAGUAUAUGAAAUAAUUCAUUUUUGAACUGCGGUUGUAGAUGAAAGUGAAGAAUGAUCAUCGCAGUAAAUGUUCCAAUUUAAGCAAUUGGAAAGAAGAAGCCUGAAAAAAAUCAGAGUUUCAACGGGAUUCGAACCCGUGACCUCCGCGUUGCCGGUGCGUUGCUCUACCAACUGAGCUAUGAAGCCACACAUUGGGAGCAAGGUCAAUUUAUUGAGUUCAUAUCUCCCGUGAGGAGUGAAAUGAUGUGAAGUAUAUGAAAUAAUUCAUUUUUGAACUGCGGUUGUAGAUGAAAGUGAAGAAUGAUCAUCGCAGUAAAUUUUCCAAUUUAAGCAAUUGGAAAGAAGAAGCCUGAAAAAAAAAAAAAAUCAGGGCUUCAACGGGAUUCGAACCCGUGACCUCCGCGUUGCCGGUGCGUUUCUCUACCAUCUGAGCUAUGAAGCCACACAUUGGGAGCGAGGUCAAUUUAUUGAGUUCAUAUCUCCCGUGAGGAGUGAAAUGAUCUGAAGUAUAUGAAAUAAUUCAUUUUUGAACUGCGGUUGUAGAUGAAAGUGAAGAAUGAUCAUCGCAGUAAAUGUUGGACAUGAGCGGGUUGCUUGAAACUAAUUUCAACUUGGCAAGCAAAAUCCUUUUUCGACGGAAUGGACCAGCGCGCCUUAGAAAUUUCCAAGCAAUGUCUUUUCCUCUUCAGUACCUUUCGGCCCGUCAUGUUUUCAUGUUGUUUUUUUUGUUGUUUCCGUUUUGUUUUGGUCUUUUUUCAGCUUUGUCAGUUUGUUUUGUUUUUCUUUUCCUUUUGUUUACUUUUCCAUAUUUUCAAACCCGGGGUGACAUGCUUCAUUGUUUGAAAGUAGCAAUUUGGCAAAAUGUUUCAAAUUUGCCGGGCGUCGCACACUUAUGAUUUGCUGCACGUGGCGUUGGCUAAAAAUAAUGACGCCAUUGACCGGAAGUGAAAUUGCACGUCCUUAGCAACGCGUGAGAUCACGCGACAGAUAGGUCACUGGGCCCUUAAUUUAUUAACUUUAAUACUAAAGUGUAAAUGUGGAUAUUUUUUUGUUAUUUUAAAGCUUAUGUCAGAUGUUAGGAAAUGUUUUUAUAAGUGCGUAAUAAAUGUUAUUAUUAUUAUUAUUCAGUCAAAAUAUUUCUCUGUUUCUUACUGGCUAAAAUCCCACGCAUAAUUCAUCAUAACCAGCUGUUGUCGACCAAAUUUGGAAGAAUUUUGUGAUUUGUGAACUGAUGACAUCGAUCGGGCAGCAAAAUUGCCAGAUUAUUGAACGGAUAACCGAGAAGACUUGGGGACGAGGUUGAGUUGUUUUGGUUAGUGAGUACAAAAUGUUGGAACAUUUCACUUGUUUCACAAGGAAUAAAUAGGCAAAAUAUCAUCUAAAAAUGCUAUUGUCUAAAAGCAAGAACAUCAAGAAGACAACUCGAUGGACGAGUCAACAUCUGCUAUUUGGAGAAUACACACUGUAUUAAUUUUGUAGAACUGAAGAACCCUUUAUCUCCUAAACUUGGCUAUAAACAUGCACUAUCAAAGAUGAACUUAACAUCAAUGGAGGUAAGCAUGUUUUAGGUUAUUUUCAAACUAGGAAUUAAUUUAAAUGAAAAAUAAUACUAAACAAUUAUUGAAUUCGGCUUUCCUAUCAUCUGAAGAGUUAUCGAGAUCUCAGAGGGUGUUAUCUGCCUCUGUGGAUAACACCCUCCUCUAUUUCCAUAAUUCUCAUCAGGCAAUUGCCUGAUGAGUGUGGUCGCCUUAAGACCAUACAAAACAAGGUGUAGCAAUAAACUGAUGUAUAACCUCUGAUGCCUGGAACUAGUUUUUAAUUGCAUUAUUUAUUGCUCCUGCAGAGUUGAGCAUUCUUGAAGAGUUAUUCUAACCAGUUCAGAAAAUAUAAAAGCUAUUAUUAUAUGUGUUGUAUUUAAUUUUUUAUUUCAGGUAAUUUUUGUUUUUCUUUUGUUUUAGGGUAUGGUAAUGUAUUCUAAUGAAGACAGUUGAAAUAAUGGAAAAACAAAAAUUACCAAAGAUGAAAAAUUAACUUCAACAUAUGUCAGUGUGAUCAUGCAUGUAAAUGUAUUGUCUGAUAUGUUUUUUGCUAGAAAAGAGAAGAUAUCGACCAGGAACAAGAGCGCUUAUGGAAAUAAGACACUACCAAAAAACAACUCAUCUUUUACUGAGAAAAGCUCCAUUUAUGAGAGUGGUAAGCUUGGUUUUAGUCAGAAAGUUUAGUGAAAAUUAUGAUUUCCCUUUAACCUAAUGUCAUUAAUUUUUGUCUUUAAGUGAAGACAAUGAGCUGGAAGAAUUUUAAUAAUUUUGUAAUGUUUAUUCUUCACUACCUACUUUACCCCCAAAAAGUAGAGUAUAAAUAUACUUCAAGUAUCAAGUAAUGAUUCAAGAGAAAACAAAGAGGACAUAAAUUUUGCUUUUAGUCUGCUCAUCUUUAGAUCCAUCUCUUUGCAUGAGAAUUUUAUAAAAUUAUUAUAAGACUAUAUUAUUGGUAAUUUUUUUCUGUUGUUGUUGUUUUUUGUUUUAAAAGGUUAGAGAAAUAGCUGACAAGUUUUACUAUGGGGAAGAAUUAAGAUGGCAAGUACCAGCUUUAAUGGCUCUUCAAGAGGUGGUAAUUUAUUUUAAAGUGUCUCUGUACUAUGAAUUUUACGUAAAUUGGGUUAUGUCUGCAGUAGGUGCUAAGUUUUCGGUUAUGAUUUUACUAUAAAUAUUUUUAGAAUGUAAGGAUUAAUGAAAGAUAAAUAUCCCUUUUUGCUUGUGCAGGAGAUAAAUUACCUCAUUUUCGAUAGAUUUGAUGAAGAAAUCUCUUAUCUAAUUAGUCUCGCUUGCGUAAGCAGCGAAACUCAUAAUCUGCAAGUGGUUUUUACUGGUAUUUAGGACACAAAAGGGUGGUUGGGGUCCCAGGCGUUCGUAGCAGAGACCGUGAAAACUGAGAAUAAGAAUCGUUGCGUGACUGAAGCCACGCAUAUUUUGCGAAGAAACUUUAGGAAAGGUUACUAAAUGCGAGCUUUUCAUUUCUUAGCUUUUUUUAGAGCUUUUCCGGAACAGGUUGGUCCACGAAUUCUAUCGCUUGAAAGAGUUGAUAACUUUGGAACAAGUGAACACUUCAGUGGUCAAAGAAAAGAAGAAUCUUAAUUAGCAAAGGCUAACUGGUUGGGUGUUGUAAACCUUUGUUGCAUGGAAAUGGGUCUUCUGAUGAACAUGCAGUUUAUUUUCGGCGAUGAUUGGAAUUACGUGCUGUGUUCUCAUCAUGUUUUUGAUCUCUGGCAAUGAUGUAAUUUGUCUUGAAUCGAGGCCCUUGAAUUUUUGUGUAAUUAUACACGCGUAUAGCCUGCAAUCACAGACGUAUCUCCGGUCGUCGCUAACACACGUACUAAAUCAAUUCAGAAACAAAUUGUUGAAGACGAUAUAAAAAGUGAAAAACCUGAAGAAUACUCAACUGUCGGUAAAGUAGGAAGUGAAAAACUUUUAGCGAGUAAAUCCUGUUUUGUCUAGAAUUACAUGUAAUCACCUUCUCAUUCAGGAUCCUCAUUUCUUACCAAAUCUCCAAGCAAGCGAGACUUAAUGUCGAUAUUAAAAGUGUUCUUGUUAUUGUUAGUUCACAACUAUUUUAGAUAGAUGUUUUAAGAAACUUUUGAAUGCCCUUCCUAUCAGUGUCUGAGAGAUUUAGAUCAUUUUCACAUGACAUCAUGAUCAUGGUGGCCAUAUUGGUAGUCCAUAACAAUGAAGCGGCAACCGACCCCACGGCAAUCUUGUUGUUGUUCCAAACCAAUCCUGCAGGAGUCGAACUCUUUCAUAUCUAAAUGCUUCUGUUUCAACAAAUGUGUGUAGAUACUGGCCGCAUGAGUGAAAAUACUCUAUAGUGCUCUAACUGGAAAAAUGCUUCUAUAAGUAAUGUAUGGAGGUUCUACUGUAUAGUGAUAAUCAUUUAGGAUUAAAUUGAAGGGCUUCAUGAAAGUGAUAUCACAGGGUCCAGAGGAGAUGUGUUUGUCGUUAGAACAUCAAAGCCCGUCGAAAACCUCCGAAAAAAUGGGUCAUUUUGAUCGCGUUACAGUUUCCUUACACGUUCUAUAGACCGCAAACCAAGAGACUGAGGGCUCGCAAGAUCGGCUUACAGUAUAAAAUACGGAAAGUCCUUUCUUUUACUCGGCACUUCGUGCCUCGGUCGCCCUUCGGGCGACGUGCCGUGCGCCGGCGAGGAUAUGGCUUGCGGUCAUCGAUUUUCAAAAGUCGAUCAUCGUUUACAGCAGAUUUAUAAAGAUGCCAUUGGGCUAAUUAAUUGUGCUAAGCGACACUGGUAUAGACAUUUUUCAAGGUUAGACUUUAGGUAUAAGUAAAUAUAUAAGUAAGUUAUAAGUAAUUCAUUUAUUCACACGAAACUCUUCUGGACUCUGUGGUGAUAUGUCCAGGAUUGAACUCUGUCGCAAAAAUUUGCUAGCAACUAUUUAUAGCAAUUUUAGCAAGAAGUGAUUCACAAGAAAAUGUUGUCAGACACUUGCUUGCAAAUAUCGCAAAGUAGCGAGAAUAACAAAUUUGGCAAAGAAGUUACUGGCAAAUUAUUGUGACAAUAUGUAAUCCUGCGUAUAAGGGCCAUGAAAAAAACUCCCCUCCAAGAAGAAAAUGAGGGGCAUGGAGCCUGUCAAUAUUAUUAUUAAAAAAAUGCAAUAUUUAGUAUAUUACAUAUUAGUUUAGGAACGUAGCUCAUGCCCAUUUUUCUUUUUCAGGCAGCGGAAGCAUUUCUUGUGCGACUGUUUGAGGAUGCGUACCAUUCUUAAUUUAUACUAUAGUCACACCUUGGUUACAAAUACACUUUGCACUUUAAAUUGCAGUUACAUGUAGAUUUGCUACCUCUGAUUUUUUGCGGAAAAAAUACUUACCAUAUCCCUCAGAAAAAAAGUGUCAUUUUAUUUGUAGGUUAUAUUAUACCCUGGGUGCCAGAGUUUUUUUCUUACCUAAUUCCUGACAGUUUGCAGUGACAAGGCACAAGGUGCUAAGAAAAAGCUUUAACAAACCGUGAGUGUGGUAAAUCUCAUCCUAGGUUUUUAGCGAACGGACCUCUGUAGAAAGUUAUAUUAUAUUUUAUAUAUAAUUGUGGAAAAAGGGUGCUUUUAGAGUAUUAAACAAGGAGCUUAAGCCAAUGGUUUGUUUUGAAAAUUAGAAAGUUAUGCACGGGUAAUUUAACUCAUUGGCUCCCCUGGGAAUUUUGCCAAAAAACCGCAUUUUGAAUAUAGCCAAGCUGUUUUCUGGUCAGUCUGGUUUUUAAGAGCUAAAACUUACCACAAAGCUGUUUACAGGUCGUACUGUUUGCGGUCUUCUGAUCCAGAUGCAAAAUAUUGGCUUCUCAAAUAGUUCUUGGGUCUAAAAGUGACACAGUAGUCUUGACUUUUUCUUCUCGCUUUCUUUCCUCCCCUCUUCUUGAUUCUUUUAGUUUUUCUUCUUUUGCCUUUCUUUCCUCUUUUUUUUCCUUUUGCUGGGCAUUUAGUAGGCUUCAUUUUGGGGGGAAACGUUUUUCGGAAGGCUUUUAGGAUCUUAGGAUUAGAUGAAAGGAAAGGUAGGUGGGUAGUGGAACAAGAUUUUCAUGGGAAUUUCCAGCUCAACCUUACAUCGGUUUGGAGUAUAGAAUAUGAUAAUCAUUUUCGGUACUUCCAUCUCAGUUUGAUAUUUAUUCUCUCAAAAAUGCCAUGUUCAUGGUCCAUUCUUAAGUGAAUUAACGACGAAUUUUGCAGGUUUUAUGCCAAGUUAUAAACCUUUAUGAAAAUAUUGGAGUGCCCUCGUUUUACUUCACUCACGUUUAUUACAAAGUUCAGGCCAUGAAUGGGUUGUUUGACUUUUUUUGGUGUUUGUUGUCUUUUUCUCUUGUUUGUUUUUGUCUAUACAGUAACUUAUGUGCACUACAUGCCAAGCGAGUAACUGUUAUGCCCAGAGAUAUGCAGCUUGCCAGACGAAUCCGUGGACGCCAUGAUGGACUUGGAUGAGUGCAACUGGCCUGUGGCUGAUGCUGAAAGUGUUUUUGAGUCCAGAUGUUUAUAUUCUUUUAGUCUUUCAAUUGUUAUAUUUUUAUACUGUAAAUUAUGAAACCCACUAUCUCUUGUCUUCUUAACCUGUGAACCUUCUUAACCACAGCCUUUUAGACCACUUUAAGAGUAUAUUUUUUUGAACUAGUUAAUUAGUUUAUACAGUAGUAACUGUCUAUCUGUUAAAUAUUUGUGGCUGUAACUUCCUGUCUUUACUAUCAGAGGAAACAUUUUGUAUUGCAUUGAUGCUUUUUAUACUUGAACUUGAUGCAUAUUUUUGAUUAAAUAAUCUGCCUUUUUUAGUUUCCUGCUAAUAUGUUGUUGAAUUCAAUUAUUAAUAAAACAUGCGUUCUCUACAUGUACAUUUUGAAAGUAUUGUUGUUGAAAUAAAGUAUUGAAG